GCACAUUGUUUUGAUCAGUACGCCAACGACUUUAGUGUGAAUAGUAUUAUCUAGUAUGAAUUAAUUGUGUUUUAAAAUGGCUGCGAAGUUGGUGAAGCGGUAUUUGUGUGUGGAAGAUAAAGUGUUUUUGGUGACUGGGGGUGCGGCCGGCGUCGGUGCUGGGAUCGUGAGGGCUUUGCUCGCUGAAAAUGCUAGGCAUGUCGCCUUCCUCGACGUGGCGGACCGUGAAGGCUCUGCGCUGGAGUUGGAACUGCUAAACAAGUUCGGGGCUUUGAGAGCGAAGUUCAUAAAAUGCGACAUAGCUGACGACGCCCAACUGGCAGCCGCUUACAAACAAGUUGUGGACAAGUAUCGAAGACUUGAUGGGGUUAUCAACAACGCGGCGGUUCUGACUGUGGACGAAAAAACUUAUAAGCGGAUGGUUGAUAUUAAUUUUUCAGCGACAGUGUCCAGUACAAUGAAGGCUCUAGACAUAAUGGACGCCAAUAAAGGCGGUAAUGGCGGCACUAUCAUCAACAUAUCAUCGCUGUUGGCUCUCAACCUUGGCAGCCACCUACCUGUUUAUGCGGCCACCAAGACCGCUGUCUUGCAGUUUAGUAUAGCUAUGGGGACACAGAGCAAAGUUGCACAAAACAAAGUACGAGUUAUCACAGUGUGCCUCGGUCCAACAGACACGGCUAUCCUAAACAGGAACAACUUGGAGAACUUUGAUAAAGAUUCAACUGGGACCGUCGCAUCAAGAGUCCCCGUGAGGCAGAGGGUGGAAUCAGCUGUGGCAGGUAUUUUGGAAGCAAUCAGUGAAGGGAAGAGUGGAUCUACAUGGAUUGUGAAGAACGACCAACCAGCUUACGAUUAUACUGACAAAUUACUUGAAGCAUUCGAAAUUUUAUCUGAAUCUUAAAAUAAAGCUAUUAGUAUAGUUUAUUCCUGA